AUGAGUGAAUUCCAUAAUGUUGUUGAUGUAGAUGAACAUGGAAUCUUGAACAAUCAUUCAAAAGAUGAAGGGACUGACAUGGUUGAUGAUGAGUUGGAAGUUAUUGCCAUUGAUGAUUAUCAAUUUGCAGGAUUUCAUGAAGAUGAUAGGAAGAGAUUGCUAAAAGAGUUGAGUAAGUCAAGUACAUGCUCACAUGGAGAGGUUCAUGUUAAACCAUUUCAGAUUGGCCAGGUCUUCAAAACCAAGCUUGAUGUUAAAAACUACAUGAACUCACAUGCUGUAGCAACAAGGAGGUCUUUAUACCUAGCCAAAAAUGACAAAAUCCGGAUUGGGGUGAAAUGUAAGGGUGUUGUAGUCGACGACCAUAGCUGUGCACCAGGUUACUUUGUCCACCCUUUUCUCCGUCAACGUUGUCAUUGCCGCCCGACUGGGAUUCUUCCCCGACGCAUCUGCCCUCCUCUCUCUUGGCCUCUUUACUCAUUUUCUUCACCAAAAAGAUAA